AUACUUUGGAAAAACAAACAUGGAAGUCAAAAAGUGACAAAACACAUAUAUUUGUUGAGAGCUGACAAAUGUUGUAAAUUACAUACUAACCAUAGCAAAAAUGGCAUCAGAAUCUGACCAACAUGCUAUUUCAUCGCGGAAAGCAUUAAAAGUGGCAGUUAGUGCACUGUGUUUAGAAGUAGGGUUUCAGACAGCUGAAGAGUCAGUUAUUGAAACAUUGACUGAGAUGUUGGAAAGUUUUUUAAUGGAGCUUGGCAGGAGUACACAGGCCUUUGCAGAAUUAGCUGGCAGAACGGAAGGAAUCAUGACAGAUGUUAUAAUGGCUUUAAUUGAAAUGGGUCAAAAUAUUCAUGCAUUACCAGGGCAUGCCAAAAGACCAAAUAAAACAGUAUUUCUCCCACCGGCACACAGUGCUCCACAUCCCAAUAUUAAGAUGUUACAGACAGGAGAUCGUAGAGAACAUCCUUCACACAUACCAGACUAUCUACCUCCCUUUCCUGAUCCUCAUACAUACAUAAAAACUUCUACCAAAAAAGCUCCAAUGAGUGAAUAUCAAAUGAUCAGAGAGAAAGCAGCUUCUCAAAAACGUGAUGUUGAGAGAGCAUUAACAAGAUUUAUAGCUAAAACAGGAGAAACUCAGUCCUUGUUUAGAGAUGAUACAACAACAUAUCCUUUAAUUGCAGUUAAACCUAUGCCUCUGCCAUAUUUGAAUGCUUUGCUUCCAAAAGAUCAAGAUCUAGAUUCUCAGGAUCAACCAGAGACAAUGGCAGUUAAAAAACGCAAAAGAGCACCAGAACAGUCUGAAGCAAUUGGUGAAAAUCCACAAGGAGUUGAUGCAGAUUCAAUAGACAAUCCAUAUUUGAGACCAAUGAAAAUUGCUAAAUACAAGAAAAGAUUAAAAUAGUUAUGAAUUUACAA